AUGAUCGCUAGAUUCAACCAGAAGUUAGAAGAGAAUCCACGGAUGAGAUUGUUUGCUCUGAAGCAAAGAGGUUCAGUAGCGGAUUAUGUGAAUGAGUUUGAAGAGUUAACAACAAUUGUGACGGGAGUAGAAGAAGAGAAUCUGGAGUUGGUUUUCUAUUUGGGAUUGAAGCCUGAGAUGCAAGAAGUUGUGAAGAUGCAAAAGCCGAAAGGAUUAUCUGCUCUUUUCACGACCGUGAUAUCAAUGGAGGGUAGUCAGUUCUGCAAGCUAUGGCAGCGUCAAGAUAGCAGAGAAGCGGAGACUGGGCCUUUGUUACAAGUGCCCAGAGAAAUGGAUGAGAGGACAUCAAUGCCAGAACAUGCUAUUACAGGUGUUUACUUGAUUGAUGAUGACUUGGUGGAGAUUACAGAUGAGGAUUGGAUGGAAGGUUUUGAAGAGAAGUCAGAGACGAGUCCAGUUUUAAUGGAGCUAUCUCUUGCUCAUAUUUGGGACUUGACUCACCAGUGGUUACGAAGUUGUGGGGUGAUAUUGGUGGAGUGA